AUUUAAUUUAAUUUAACAGAAAAAUUUCCCCUCGCAUAACACCCACUUCUUGUCUUGCUUUCUAGUUUCUACAGGAGGGCAGAAUAAAGCAGCCUCUUGUUUCAGCCUCUCCAAAGUCGAAAAAAACCUAAAGACCCAAUUACCACGCCAUGUCUCAGGUGGAUAACAGAAAUUCAUCAGCAGCGAAGCGCGCAAGAACUGAUGGUAGUCGCAGGGAGGAUGAUUGGACUUGUCCAAGCUGUGGCAAUGUCAAUUUUUCAUUUAGGACUACUUGUAACAUGCGUAAUUGUACCCAACCUAGGCCAGCUGAUCAUAUUUCGAAAUCUGCUGCCAAGCCCCUGCAAGCACCACAGGGUUAUUCAUCAGCUCCUUAUUUAGGUUCUGGUGCACCUUCUUCAAUGUAUAUGGGUGUGCCACCAUAUGGUUCUUCUCUCUUCAAUGGGUCAUCUAUUCCUCCAUACGACGUUCCAUUCACUGGGGGCUCGGCUUAUCAUUACAACUAUGGCAGCCGCCUUUCUGGUGGCAGUCCAUAUAGACCGUUGCAUAUUUCAGGACCACCUCCUUAUUCUGGUGGAUCUAUGAUGGGAAAUGGUGGGAUGUAUGCAAUGCCCCCCUUAAUGGACCGGUACGGAUUAGGUAUGCCAAUGGGCCCUGCAGCUAUGGGGCCAAGGCCAGGUUUUUUCCCAGAUGAUAUAUCUCAGAAGAAGGGUUCAGAUGCAUCACGUGAUAAUGACUGGACAUGCCCGAAAUGUGGGAACAUCAACUUUUCUUUUAGGACUGUUUGUAACAUGAGGAAGUGCAAUACUCCAAAGCCAGGGUCCCAGGUUGCAAAGUCUGACAAAAAUUCCAAACAAAAAAUGCCAGAGGGAAGCUGGAAGUGUGAAAAAUGCAACAACAUAAACUAUCCAUUCCGGACAAAGUGCAAUAGACAAAAUUGUGGGGCUGAGAAACCAGCUGAGUCAAAGAAGUCUCCUUCGCCGGCACCUGAUGAGGAUGAUCAGGAUUGUUCUGCAAACUCGUGUGAUACCCCAAACUUCCAGAAAUCCAGUCAUUCGUUAUGAAUUCAAGGUCAGACCUGAAAAGAAAGGUUUUUAAUCCACGAUGCUUCUGAGGGGAGGGAUAUUGGGACUCCAACUAUUGGUUGUUGGCCCCCAAGCUCCUCACGAUUGGUCCAAACCUCAGUUGGGUGAUUUGUGCGGCAUACUUGUUAAAGUGACGAGGUUGCAAAAGUCCAUCCAUUUUGCCAGUUGAUGCCCUCAAGUGUUUUCGCAUUCCAUUCUAAUCGUGGGAUUGUUUCAGGAGAAAGAAGGCAAAGUUAUAUCUGAUGAUAUUGACGAUGCAAUUUCCUGCACCCUGACAAUAGCUUACGGUGAAUUUCACUAGCGUGUGCUGUUACUUAAACAUUAAAAAUGGAAAGGGGUUGUAAGAAUUAAAGAAAUAAUGGAGGCUUUAUUUUUCACCAGAUAGCAUCAAUAAAAGGCACGUCAUGAUGCGACAAGAAUCCAUUCCAUGAGAUGCCUGCUUGUGGUACAAGGCAAGAGCUUGGAAACAUUGCUUUCAAGGUGAGGUAAAGACCAAGCUUUGUGACAUAAACGUGCGCGCGCAAGUGGGUGAUUGUUACCGUAACUUCAAAGCAUGGGUGAUCCCCACUUUUUCGCUGCAAGCCAAGCUCUUCAUUCAUGGAAGAAAAAAACCAUCCCAGCGCUGUCACAAAUGUCUCUUCAAAUUGGACCUGUUGUGACACCAAUUGAUUUGCAGGGCUUGCAAUUGCAAAGAACCAUUUUUCAUUUCUUUCUAAAAUUAUUUUUCAAUAAGAAAGUAGAAUAACGUGUUAGUAAGUAAUGGCUUUUCUGAAUGGAGAAAUAAGAACUUUGGUUGGAUUGUCUUCA